UAGUAUUGCCUAUGUUAGUUACCUCACUAGACUAGAUUAAUAAUGAAUAAAAAAGCAUGAUAGUGUACCUAGUGCGCACAUUAGUGGAAGUAGUGGAAGAAAACUAUAUUUGAUUUGACUCUCUGUAGCUCAACACAAGCAAGCACAAAAAUCCAUUACAAACCACCACUCUCCAAUCUCCAAUAACAAACCAAUAACACUCUUCCCCAUUCCCUCUUUUUUAGUUCUAUAAUUAUAAUAAUACAACACACUCCUUUUUAUAUUUCAUCAAUUCUAAUUUAACCAUGACUCUCUCCCUCAACAACAUGAAACAAACAACACUCAUUAUUUCUUCAUUUUUCCUCCAUCUUUCCAAUAAUACAUAACCCUUCUCAUUUAUAAAGUUUCUGCUAUAAAGGUGUGUUGGAGGCUGAUUGAAUUGCUGCGGGGAUAAGAGUAAGUUGAUUGAGUAUGAAUUCGCCGCAGUUUGUUUCGUCGAGGAGGAUGAGUGUGUAUGAUCCUAUCCAUCAGAUUAAUAUGUGGGGAGAAGGAUUCAAAAGUAACGGGAAUUUAAGCGCGUCCAUGCCGUUGAUCGAUGAGGCGGAUUUGAAAUUUGAUAGUAGUCAGUCAGAGGAUGUUUCUCAUAGUAUACUUGGAACAUCUAACAAGUAUGAUCAAGAAGCUAGUAGGCCGAUUGAUAAGAUACAAAGGCGUCUUGCACAGAAUCGAGAGGCUGCUCGCAAGAGUCGUUUGCGGAAAAAGGCUUAUGUGCAACAGUUAGAAUCAAGCCGUUUGAAGUUGGUGCAGUUGGAGCAAGAGCUCGAACGUGUAAGACAGCAGGGAAUGUAUAUGGGUGGCGGGUUGGAUUCGAAUAGUAUGUGUUUUGUUGGGCCUAUGAAUUCAGGAAUUGCAGCCUUUGAGAUGGAGUAUGGACAUUGGGUUGAUGAGCAAAACCGGCAAAUCUCAGAAAUGAGAAUUGCUUUAAACGCGCAUAUUAGUGACAUAGAGCUCAGGAUACUGGUAGAUGGUAUGAUGAACCACUAUACUGAAAUCUAUCGCAUGAAAUCCGCGGCCGCAAAAGCUGAUGUUUUUUAUGUGAUGUCCGGAAUGUGGAAAACAACAGCAGAAAGGUUUUUCUUGUGGAUCGGUGGCUUUCGCCCUUCUGAGCUUCUCAAGAUUCUUGGUCCAAUGAUUGAACCAUUGACAGAGCAACAACGGUUGGAUAUCGACAACCUUGGACAAUCGUGUCAACAAGCGGAAGACGCCCUUUCGCAAGGCAUGGAGAAACUCCGGCAAACACUCGCGGAUAGCGUAGCAGCUGGACAAUUCAUGGAAGGAACUUAUAUUCCACAAAUGGCUUCUGCUAUGGAGAGGUUAGACGCUCUCGUAAGCUUUGUGAAUCAGGCCGACCAUCUUCGGCAGGAAACCCUACAGCAAAUGUCGCGAAUACUUACAACCCGUCAGUCAGCUCGGUGCUUGCUGGCUUUGGGAGAAUAUUUCCAACGCCUGAGAGCUUUGAGCUCACUAUGGUCUAAUCGACCACGCGAACCAGCUUAGUCUUGCAACAUGACUACAAUCAUGUAAAGUUUGUAAUAUGAAACAAUGAUGUGAUGAGUAUCGUCAUUUUCAUUGGCCGCGAGUGUUGAACCAUGUACAAUCUGUGGUUUAGGCUGCUCAAAUUUUUCCUGCAGUCUUGUGUUAUGGAGAAUCUGUGAAUAUGACUGCGCAUUUUACGCAUAGGAGUUUGUAAAUAAAUUAAUUUUGGAUCCAUGAAUAUUGGAUUGUCACAAAAUGAAAUGUUUAGAAUACGCAAUCUGAGUCUGUGAAAGUUUGUCUUGUAAAAUGCAUAUAAUAUGAAAGUUGUAUUUUUAGAAAUAAACCGAGUCUCUUCGUGGAUA